AUGGGCCAAUGUCGAAAAUCCGAACGUGAUUGCUUGUAUGCACAGGACCUUCCACCCGAGCUGGCACAUCACUCGAGUCGAGGUUCUUGGAGUGCCGAAGAUGCAGUGUCACAACACGAUCUGACAUCCCCGGUUCUUUCGGCUAGCAGCCGUAGAACGUACUCUGGAAACUCAAGUAGUGCUACUGCCCAAUAUGCUCCUUAUGUAGUGUCGCCAUCCGUCAAAGAUUCUCAGCGUCCUGCCCCUCAACAACAUACUGCCCAGCUAUCAUACCCCUUAUCACCAGUCACGACCCGUGCUGGUUACAGUCAUUUUCCCAUUACUGACAAGACGCAUUCCAUCCAACAAUCUCCUCAACAAACACAGACAGAGCUUGCAAUCUCACCCGAUACACAAGCGACGUCUAUCACACCGGGUCAAGCACCAUACGAAUGGUGGGAUCAGCUUGCACAGGAUGCCAUCAAAGAUGAGAAAAACUACCUGGCCCUGAAAGAGAGUCAUUCGAGAUGGAGCUUUGAGCCCGUUGAUCUAUCUCGUUCGACUGCUCCAUCCCCUAGCUCUUUCCUACACAACAAUGGCAAACAGGAGCAAGCGCCACAAGUCGCACGACCUAUCCCAGCUCGAGGUAGUGGCAGUAGUAUUGGUGCCGAUCAUGACAAUGUCGGAAAAGAGCCUUGGAAUACCGCGGACCCACCUACACUGUCGGAGCGGGAACUCGAAUACCUGAAGUAUUACAUCGACAAUGUCGGUCCAAUUUUUGACCUCUUCGAUCCUGCACGGACCUUUACUGAAGUCAUCCCGCAUCUAGCCAUGCGUAAUGUCGGGCUGUUAAAGUCGGUGCUCGCUGUAGCAGCUCGCUUUAGGAGCUUACACGUCCAGGCUGGAACGAACUCCACAGAACACCAACGAUCACCUGAACUAGGCGCUGAGGCUCUCGAAAAUGACGACUUCGUCUCCACGCAGCUCUAUUUCGACACACUUAGCUAUUUGGCGCAGGCGAUGCAGUACCCAAGCUAUACUCGUAGCCAGGAGAUAUUAGCCACUGCUGCUCUGAUCAGCGCAUACGAAUACUUCCACGUCAACCGAUUUGCGGACUGGGAACGCCAUCUGAAAGGUGUUUUCUGGAUUCAGCGAAGCCAAGAGACGAACGGCGAGCGCAAGGGUGUCCCCGGUGCUGUCUGGUGGGCUUGGCUGAGACAGGACAUCUGGGCAGCCCUUUGGCAGAACCGCAAGCCGCUGACAAUCUGGGAACCUACCAUACCAGUCAGAGAGCUCACCGGGCAUGAGUUCGCCUCGCGUACUACCUUUCUGCUGGCCAAGGCGAUCAAAUAUGCGACUCAAGAAGACAGGGACAGCGCAGAUCUCAGUCAGCGUAUAUAUGAAGGUGGCAGGUUCCUUCAAGACCUGCAAGACUGGUACGAGCAAUUACCGCAUACGUAUAGACCUCUACCCAUAGCUCCGUCAGAUACCAACACACCGACAAGUGUCUUCCCCCCUAUCUGGAUCCACCCACCCUUCCAUGCAGCAGCAAUGCAGUAUUACUAUUCAGCUAAGAUACUGGUCCUAAUACAUCGACCGUCAGCUGGUGGUGUCAAUGCCCACUACGACAAAGAAAAAAUGCUUAAUGAAGCUGUUAGCAUGAUCUGUGGACUUGCACAGUCACCCACUGCUCAGGAUUAUCCCUCUGCCAUGGUCCACUUCCAAGCUCUCUACGUUGCUGGCCAGUGCGUUCGCACCUCAGAACAACAGAAAGCACUAUAUGAUAUUUUCGAUCGUGUAUUGGAAGUCGCCAAAUUCCCCACAAAAACAUUACUUGCCGAAAUCCAGAAGAUAUGGUCUACUUGA